AUGGAUAGUAGAAACGGGCAAGAUGCGCCACGGCCAAGGGACGCCACGCCAGACCGGGCAGAUCAAAAAGCGAGGCUUAAUUACAUCCAAUGGGAAGCCAAGUUCCUCACCGAGAAGCCCUACGAGUUCAUUUCCCAAGCCCCUGAGGGCUGUCCCAGAAAGAACUUCACUCUCGCCGCUUCCCCAGAACAGACCAUCCACGAUAUCAGAGGCAGUGAAGAGCUUUUCAACCUAGACGACCACGCAUUCCAGAUAGUGAGGCAGGAUAUUGGAGCCAUACCGACUGACCAGAAAGGGAUCGAGUGUGAUUACCUCCCAAAGAUCGUGGAAUUACUGCAGAGUGUUGAUCCGGGGGCAGAGGUGGUGGUAUUUGACUGGAGACUCCGAACGAGUGACUACACGCGGACUACUGCAAAAGCCGGAAGUGUCAUCGAUCUCGACGAUCCAAUGCUUAUACUGAAGCCCGUGCAUGCUGUCCACGUUGAUCAAAGCCCCCUAGCCGCCACCAGACGAGUAAACCACCACAUGGGGGCUCGGGCCCAAGAGCUCCUCCAACGACGCUUCCGAAUCAUCAAUACCCUCCAGCCAUACAACUUGAUCGCCGUCGACCACAUCAGAAAAAACUACCAAGGCGAAGGGCUUUACCCACUGUACGAUGAGGCAAUGAAGUGGUAUUAUCUCAAUAGGCAGACCAAGGACGAAGUACUGCUUUUCAAGACGUUCGAUUCCAUGUCUGCCGAAGAGGGGGUGAAAGCUGGGUCACCACCUAGCAGCGGCGAACUUGAGGUGGGAAGCUGUUGUAGCAAGCCGCCGACACCCAGGGAGAGUAUAGAAGUCCGGGCUAUGGUAUUUUCGAAAGAUGGGGGCUGA